AUGCAAAGUGAAAAUAGUGUAACUUUGUAGUUGAAACAUGAACAAGAAACAUGAACAUGAUAUCAAGAAGUUUUUUUUCACCGAUAUUUACAUCAACUUGAAUCAACUUGGAACAUGUUUGAUUAUUAUAAUUAAUUUUAUCAUCGCCAUGAUUUAUGUUUAAUACAAAACAGAAAGACAACAAUUAGUAAAUUGAAUGAUUGAACAAACAACAACAACAACAAUUAAAAGUUCGUAAAGUUUUUUUAUGAUAUUAACAAUGUGAUCGUUGUAAUAACGAUUCAGAACAUAACAGAAUUGGAAAAAAAAAUCUCAAUUUUCUUCAAUCAUGUUGAUGUUUCAAUUAAUUGUUUACUAUUAAAAGUUAAUCAUCUUUGAAGUUAACUUCCGAUGACCACUUCCUUUUCAUCAGUUAUCAUCUUUUAUCCCGCAAUCAAAUUUAAUCAUCAUAACUAAAGGUGAUUACCAUGAUUACCUUCAAGAAAAUUGAUUGAUAAUCAAUCGGUUAUCAGCUUGAUUUAGUUGAGUAUUUGUGAUUGAAAUGAUUGAUUAGAUUUGCUUUUUUCCUCCAGUUAAGAUAAAAUUUAUGUCAUUAUUAAGGUGACAUUGAAAUUAUCAUUUCCUUUGUGUCUUCAUCAUCAUUGUCACCAUUAGGCUAAUUGUCUUAGUGUCCAGUAAAUUUUUCAGAAAGUGAUUUAACUUGAUUCUGAUUUUGUUUUCUUACCAUGUGAAUAUUGGAUUAUGACUAAAAUCCAACCACAAACUGGAUCAAUGAUCAUUUCAAAUGAAUACAAUUCAUUGAUUGAUGAUUUCUCAUCAACUUCAUCUUUAUCUUCCUUUACAUCAUCACCGACAACAACAGUUAUCCCACCAUCAACUUCAUCAUCAUCUUCGUUGACACUAACGUUUGAAUCAAAUGAAUUUAGUGGCAACAGUUUAGGUGAAUUAUUUCACACCGUUGGCCUUGGAGUGACAUUAGCCGCCCUUAUACUGACCACAAUAGUGGGAAAUGUGUUUGUCAUUAUUGCCAUUUUGAUGGAGAAAAAUUUACGCUCAGUGGGCAAUUAUCUUGUCCUCUCUUUGGCCAUCGCUGACCUAAUGGUCGCCUGUCUUGUGAUGCCUUUAGGGGCUGUUUAUGAAGUGGCUGGUGAAUGGAUUCUGGGUCCUCAAUGGUGCGAUAUUUGGACUUGUGCCGAUGUCCUUUGUUGUACCGCAUCGAUCCUUCACCUUUUGGCCAUUGCAAUUGACCGAUAUUGGGCAGUGACAAAUAUAGAUUACAUUCACAAUCGUAAUCCAAAUCGUAUUGGAACUCUAAUCAUUUGUAUCUGGUCAGUUGCAGCGGUCAUUUCAAUUGCACCCGUUUUGGGCUGGAAAGAUCCCGAUUUCGAGAAACGACUUCGAGACGAAAAAAAGUGCCUCGUAUCACAAGAUGUCGCCUAUCAAAUUGUCGCCACUUUUGCCACUUUCUAUGGUCCCCUUGUCUUCAUCUUACUACUUUACUGGAGGAUUUAUCAGGUCGCUCGAAAAAGGAUUCGCCGAAAGCCUGGAACUCGAAUUGUCUUGAACGUGAAACAUGCUUCCUGUGACAACUCUAAGAGCUUAUCAGUGCCUUGUAAUAUCGAAGUGACCACAACCAACUUUUCGAGCGACAUGUCCACCAAUACAACUUUAACAACAACCACCGCCUCGAAUCCAAGUCCAGAAAGGUCGUUUGCUAGUCAAAGGUUUUCGGUUUGCCCUUCGAUUACAAGUCAAGUUAUCGAGGAAAGUUCAGUGAUUGUCCAAGAAUCGAGUUUGGGAGUUGGUAUUGGUGGAAUGGGAGUGACAAGGAAAGACGGAGGUACUUGUCCGGUUCCCAUGUCGAGUUGUGAGAUUGCUAAUUGUAAUUCUAUGAACAGUGUUCCAGUUGAUUGUUCACGAAAUUAUCAAUCAUCAACCUUAUCUCCAGCCAAGGAAUGCCUUAUAUCUCCUGUGAAUUCACCGCUUUCCAAUAAUAAUCGUAGUGGGCCUUCAACUCCUUCAACAGUUACUAAUUUAAUUACAACCAUUGAGAGAGAUAAAUUUAAUUCUAGUGCAACAAAUCAUUCAGAAACUUGUGAUGGAUCAACAAUUGAUAUAGAUGAUGAUUGGAAUCUAAUUGGUCAGGAAAUAUCAGUCACAUCGGACGUGAUGGUUACUUGUGAUUCCAAAGGUACAACUUAUCAUUACACUUCACCAAGUCAGGGUGAAGAUGGUCCAGGUCGCGGUGGAUCGAGCGCAAGUGAUGAUACAGGUAAAUCAUGUUCUCGAAAAAGUAAAACAAAGAGUAAAAAUAUUUCCAAUUCGAGGCGGAAAAUGUUACGAAUAACAACCAGUUUAAUCAGUCCAAAUCGCGAGAAAACAACCAAGAACUAUGGUUCAUGUGGAAGUGGAAUCAAUUCUGUUAAUGGUAGAGAUUCAAUUGAAUCAAAGCGUGAACGUAAAGCGGCCAAAACACUGGCCAUUAUAACGGGAAUCUUUGUGAUCUGUUGGCUUCCAUUUUUUAUCGUUGCCCUGUUAUUGCCCGUUUGCGGUGACCUUUGCAAUCCGCCCACUCUGAUAAUCAGCCUAUUCCAGUGGUUGGGUUAUGUUAACUCGAUGCUCAAUCCCGUUAUUUAUACCAUUUUCAGCGCUGACUUUAGAACGGCCUUUAAAAAGAUUCUACUAGGUAAACGUGCAUUUCGUCAUCAUAAUCAUCGAGCUCAGAAUCGAGUGUGAUAAUA